AUGCGGUGGUCUAUAACUACACAUAUAAUCAGUUUAUUCACGAUAUUUUUAACAGUGGAAGCGAGUCUCGAAUGCGACCCAACAUCGAAUGUCAAAAAACCGGAUCCGGAAAGUCCAGAAGCCUAUCUUUAUUGUAACUUGGAAGGAUCAUUUUCAAAGCGAAAAUGUGUUAGCGGAAAAAUUUUCAACGCCGAGACUGGCGAGUGCGAUAGUCUCAUGCAAUCCGAUGACCCGCUCGACGACAUCCUAUCCCAGCCUUUCUAUCAAGCUCCAGAUGAUCUUUGCGGAGCUGGCAUCCCAUUAACAAUUCUUUCCGCACCGGUCACCUGUAACCCGUCAAUCAGUAGUUGUCCAGAUGGUUACACUUGCCAGUAUUAUGAAAGAACCGGAUCGAGCUAUUGUUGCCAGAAUCCGACGCCUUCGGCCAAGUCAUCUGACAAGAUCAAUUGCGGCGAUGGCCGAGUCACUUACGUUGAUAUUGCGAACGGAAGGCCAAAAUCAUGUGUGCUCGCUGAUGACGACUCAUGCCCAUCGGGAUUUGCUUGCACAUUGGUUUCCGGUUCGACAACCAGAUGUUGCGCUAGAGAUUUGGGAUGCCCUAUCAACUCAGCUCCACAGUUGAAAGGAACCUCGAUGAGCCACGUCGAAUGCUCACCAAAUGAUAGCCGAGCAUGCCGCAAUGGAUAUGUCUGCAGUAAGAGCCAGUAUUUGAAUCAAUUCAUCUGUUGCUCGAAUCCCGAUGGCGGUAUCAUGGGCUCGUGUCCAAGCGGUGAAGCGCCACUUGAGAACAUUCAAUGCUCUGAUAUCAAGCCAUGCCCAAAUGGAUUCACCUGCAACGAUCGCAAGUGUUGUCCGUUCGGAAGUGUUUGUCCUGCCGGUGUACCAUUAGACAAUAGGCCAAUGAAGUGCAGCGAAAACUCGCCUUGUCCGGAUGGUCAUUCAUGUGUUAGCAAUGGUGGAAUUCAAUACUGCUGUCCAGCAAAAGAAAAAGUUUGCUCGCUAACGAAGAAUGUCGGUGUGCCAUGCGCGUCGAACAUCAAACCCGUUACGCGUUACUAUUUCGACAUCACCACGGCAACGUGUAGAUCAAUGAAAUUCACGCAAUGCGGUGGAAACGCCAAUAAUUUUGGUUCGUUGGAGGAAUGCGAGGGAUUCUGCGUUGAUACUCAAUGCCCCAAUGGUCAAGCUCAUCGCGUCGGAGCUGUUAACGCGAACUGCGCGUUGACUUCCGCAGACACUUGUCCUAAACAACACUUCUGCCAGUUGCCAUUAUUCGGACCGAGCCCCAUUUGUUGCCCAACUCCGGAACUCACAUGCAAUGAUAUGGUUUCCGCGGGAACGCCAUGCUUUGGAAGAACGCUGACAAUUCAGAGAUAUUAUUUCAAUCCAUCAACUCAAAAAUGCCAACCGUUCCAUUAUUAUGGAUGCAAUGGAAAUGGUAACAAUUUCGAAACAAUCGAGCAAUGCCAGAACUUCUGCUUGCACUCGGCUGAUUACGUUUGCGACGGGCAUGUGCCUUUGAUGAACCCCAAUCAUGAACUGCAACGAUGCAGUGAUGAUGAUCCAUGCCCGACUGGAUAUGAGUGCAAUGAAGCCGCGUAUUGUUGCCCACUUCCCGAAAACUCAUGCAAUGCAAAACUUUCGCGAGGCAACUCUUGUAAGGGAUCGACACAGCGAAGCAUGUGGUUUUAUGAUAAGAAUAAGAAGCGAUGCGCGCAGUUUGUUUACAAUGGUUGCGACGGAACCACCAACAGAUUCACCACAAAAACGGCAUGCAUUGAAACGUGCAUUCAUUCAAGUACCCAUGGAAUGUGUCCGAGAGGAAUGUCGCCGUUUGUUGAAGAAGGUGAAAUUGUUCCCAAGACUUGCACCUUGAAUGUUGGAAAGACUUGUCCAUCAGGCACCUCUUGCGUCAAAUCUUCAACUAAUCAGCCAAUCUGCUGCCAGGCGGUCACAUCAUGCCCGAAUAGUCGUAUCCCAUAUCUUAUUCCAGGAUCGAACUCUGUUGUUGCUUGCUCCCGCGAACGCGACGAUUGUCCUGAAGACUUUGAAUGCGUUGAGUCUAGCUCCGUCCCAGGAUUCCAUAUGUGCUGUUCAAGAAAUCAAGCAUCAUCAUUGCGACCACAGAGACCAAUCGCUCCGGCAAAACCGCGAAACCGCAAACCAUACGAGCCCGAUUCAUUUGCCGAACUUCUCUCAAAUAUCUCUCCAUGCCCGCCAAAUCUCUUGAGCAACGGCCAGACAUGCACAGUCAAUUCUAUUGGUGACUGCCCAAACAAUCAUGUGUGCUUCCGCGAGCUCGGCUAUCGACAAGGAACUUGCUGUAGAACGACACCGCCAAAAUGCAGUCAGCGAGGAUACGUGCCGGUGUUUCUUGACAAAACCCAAGUUCAAGUAUGCCAAGUCGAUCUCGAUGGAUGUCCGGAUGACUCUCGAUGCAUGACUUCAAGCGUUGCGAAACUUGCCAUCUGCUGCCAGAAAUACAAACCACCACAGCCUUCUAGCCGGCCUGUUGGCGGCAUUAAUCAAGGUUCGGCUGGAAACCGACACCAAGCAGUUUGUGCCAACGGAGAAACUCCAUAUAGAGGAAGCAACAAUCAAUUCCAAGAAUGCAACUUUGUUAGGAACACAUGUCCAUCUGGCUUCCAAUGCGAGUUUGCUUCAACUGGACAAGCUGUGUGCUGUGGGAACUCAAAAGUCAUCCGCUGUCCAGCCGGAUCUUCAGUGUUUGAAUAUGGAGGAAGACCACUAGCCUGUCCAGCCGGAAGUAACAAAUGCCCUGAUGGAUAUUCCUGCAUGCCUUCCACCAAUCCACAACAUCAUCUGUGCUGCUCUUCCGAAGGAACUGCUAACAAGCAGCCACAAUGCUUGCGCGGAAUGGCUUACGUCAAUCCAGUCACCAAUGAGAGACAAUAUUGUUCACCAAUGCGCGCUGACUGCCCAGCUGGUUAUACUUGCUUUGAAUCUGACCAAUCUUCACAAUUCAUUUGCUGUACUCAUGGUGAUUUGAGCGAUCGCUUCCGAGGAUACUGCCCGCCACGUCAAAUUCCAUAUAUCUCUAGAGAUGGCUUCCCACCAACAUGCCAUAUGCAAUUGUCACCAUGCCCAACUACGGCUCCAUAUGUCUGCAUCUAUUCGCCCGAGAAACAAGAUUCGUAUUGUUGUGCCCCAAUUGAUACCGCUGUUCACGUUGUUCAUCCAGAUCGUGGAUAUGCAUCACCAGCAAAGAAAAUUGAUGAAUUUGAAACUGCCGCCGAGCUCUUUGGUAAACCACGUUCCAAUAUCCCUGGAAUGACUCAAACAUUCCCAGGAGGACCACCGGCUCCAGGAAUGGGGCCUGUUGCAAUUCCAGAUCCAAUUCCCGGAAUUGAUCCCACAAAUAUUUUGCCGCCAGCAUUAGCACAAGCCGAAAUGGAAAAGAAGAUUCGCGAACAAUUUUCGGGUAUGGCUGUCGGUGGAAAUAUCAAUAUUCCAGAGAGCAAUCAAUUCAACGACAUGUCAUCAAAGAGUGGAUGCCCAUUAGGAUCAAGACCGCUGAUUGGAUUUAACCAGCAGAUAACAGAGUGCUCUCAACAGCCAUGCCCUGAUGGAUUCUCAUGCGUCUUUGCUGAACGCGACAAUCGAUUCCAGUGCUGUUCUUCAGUUUCUAUCAUGCUCGCGGUUAACAAACCUGUUAACAAGCAGACCACACCUUCACCAUCAGGAACCGUCGAGUGCCCUCCAGGCUUCUUCAUGUUCGAAGGAAAGUGUUUGAAGAUUCUGUUUGCCGGUCAAAAGGGUUGCAUCACUGAUGAUCAAUGCAGCAGCCGCGAAGCCAAUGCGACUUGCGAGGAAGGUUAUUGUAUCUGUCCAACAUCCAAACCAUUGGUCCAUGGAGGAAAGUGUAUUGCUAGCUGCCCUGAAGGAUUCUCAAACAUCGCCGGAAGGUGCUACGAUCCGACUACUGUGAUUUUCAUGGACUCUGUCGAUGAGAGAAAGAAUGGCACCAUUGGAGGUUAUUGUUUGGAAACGCUUAUCGAAGAAAAGAGAUGUGAUGUUGAAAACAGCUAUUGCUCCGAAAAGACAGUCACUUGUCAAUGCCAAUUGGGAUAUGAGUUGAAAAUGGACUUUGAGAAUAAGAACGAUAAGGGAAAAUGCGUCAAGGAUAACAACUCCAAAUUUCAUGAUCUAAAAGCAGCAACAGAGUCGCCAUUUGAUGAUGAGCUCUAUUUUAUUGAUAUAAGCUCAAUGGGAUCAGAUUCUGCCUUAAACGACACUGGAGUUGAAAACGAGGACCUUAACAAGUAUUUGUUCCAGUCUGACGAAAUGAUUCCAGUCUUUGCUUAA